UACGCCAGGCUGAUCUUUGAUUUCCAUUACAGCCCCAAUAUGGCUAGUGAAAUCAAAGCAAUCCACACCUUUAUAUUGUAUAUAUUUUGCCAUAACUACAGGCGAAUUAUAACAAUUUUUAUAACUAAGACGUUUAAAUUUACAGUGCGUAUCUAAAAGCAAUUUAAAUCGACUCUCUUGAAGCGAAUCGGAACCGAGUAGGCGCUGUGUCGGGGGAAGAUGGCGGAUUGAGAAGAAACUCCUCACAUCAUCCUUAUCCAUAAACUGGUGUGCUGCAGGGCUUCCAAAUGUCCGUUGCUAAUGCGAAACAGGCCAUUUUCAACCCGGUAAUUCCCUUCACAGGACCCAUCCCAGGUGGACUUCAAGCCGGAGAGAUGGUUGUUGUUCAGGGCUGUGUUCUCAAUGAUGCUGACAGGUUCCAGUUUGAUCUGACCUGCGGCAGCAGCACAAAGCCACGAGCCGACAUCGCUUUCCAUUUCAACCCUCGCUUCAGGAACUCUCCGUGCAUCGUUUGCAACACCUUACAGCAAGGCAGCUGGGGCAGAGAGGAGACUCUUGAUCAAAUGCCCUUUAAGCAAGGAGCAUCCUUUGAGACAAUCAUCCUAGUACAGGAAGAUGUGUUUAAGGUGGCAGUAAACGGAGCUCAUGUCCUGGAGUAUCCGCACAGAAUCCCUCUGCACAGGGUCGACACAUUCUCUGUGUCUGGAAAGGUUGAAAUACAAGCCAUUGGCUACGUUCCAAAUUCAGCAAUAUUUUCAGAAUCAGGUGAUUUGAGUAUACCCUACAGGGGCAGUAUACUUAAAGGGCUCAGUCCUGGACAGCACAUUACAAUUAAGGGCCACAUCAGCUUAUUUCCUCACAGUUUCUCGGUAAACCUGAGGUGCGGCGAGUCAAAAAACAUCGCCCUACACCUGAACGCACGGAUCAAAUCGGGCGCCAUGAUGCGCAACUCUUUCUUAAGCGAGUCCUGGGGACCGGAGGAGGUGGAGCUGUCGUACUUCCCGUUCACAGCAGGGAAAUACUUUGAGAUUAUCAUCCUGUGCCAGACUCACCAGUUUAAAAUAGCCGUGAACGGAGAGCAUCUGCUGGAGUACAGACACCGAGUGCAGGACCUGAGCUCCAUCACUCAGCUGGAGGUCCUCGGGGACGUGGACUUGCAGGACGUUAAGCUCUGGUGACUCUCAGAUCAGUAACAGCACAGGCUCAAUACAGCACUUACGUCUUUCUUUCUUUCUUUUUUUUAAACAGGCAAUUAUUGAAUUCACAGUUGUGUCACUGAAGGAGAAUACCCAGUGCAGCACAACCACACGUGAGGAAACAGCUGCGUUUCCAAAACACCAUCCGAGACCUGGAUCCAUGGAAAGGGAUAGUAAUUAACCAAUAGGGUAUUAUAUAAAAUAAUCAGCAGCUGUUACUCACCUUGUGUCACAAUGACAUCAAAAUGUAUUUAAAAAGCGGGGUACAUUUUCUAAGAUGAGAAAAUCAUUCAGAAAGGAUUGACUAUUAUUAAAUCUAUUAUGAAAGCUAUUAACUGGACGAGUGAAGAUGCUGGACACGGUGUCUUAAAAACCGCUAAUGUCUUGUGUUUAAAGCUGAAGCAAUGUGUUGCAGAUGAACCACUAUUAAAAUGCACAACCUAA